AUGGAAGCCAGCCGAGAAAACAGGCCAUGGCUGGUGCAAAAGUACGGCGGCACCAGUCUUGGGAAGCUCCUCGAAUCGAUCUGCAGCAAAAUCAUCCCAUCCUUCCUGCAAGAAUACAACCUGGUGGUGGUAUGCUCGGCGCUCUCCGGUUCCACAAAGUCGAGUGGCACCACAAGCGUCCUACUAGAGUGCAUAUCGCACGCCGAGGCCGGGCUCACCGCACAGGCUCAGUUGAACAGGGCCAUCGACCUCGUACGUGACAACCACAUACGGCUCCUCGAGAAGCACCUCGUCAACUCCAACGGCACGAGAAGUGACCUGUGCAGUGACAUAUUUGACACAACAAAAGCCACCAUCAUCAAAGAGUGCGAGAGCCUCCGUGGGUUCCUGCUCGCUGCACAGAUCAUUGGGGAACUAUCUCCCAGGGCGAGAGACCGCGUGAUUGCGCUCGGGGAGAAGCUUGCCUGCAGAGUUGUUGCUGCUUUCCUGAGCAGCAAAGAUGUUCCGGCCGAGCCGGUGAUCUUGGAGGAUGUCGUCGAGUCGGUUUUCGGCGGCAGCAUCUUUGAGCAAAAGUUAGCUCUCGACAACCUCGGUCCCCGAUUCUACCACCUCAUCGCCGACGAAAUCACUAGGAGGAUACGAGAGUGCGGAGACCAUGUGCCGGUCGUCACCGGGUUCUUCGGCAUCAUGCCGGACUCUUUGCUGAAGAACGUUGGUAGGGGAUACUCCGACUUGUGCGCUGCAAUGUGCGCUGUUGGUACUAAGGCGGCGGAGCUACAGAUAUGGAAAGAGGUGGAUGGCAUCUUCACGGCUGAUCCGAGAAAGGUCCCUUCGGCGCGGCUGUUGUCGACUGUGACAGCGGAAGAGGCGACGGAAUUGACAUACUACGGGAGCGAGGUGAUUCACCCACUUACCAUGGACCAAAUACGAUGCGCCAACAUACCAUUGAGGCUGAAAAAUGUCUUCAAUCCGUCCGGGCCCGGCACAAUCAUCUACCCUUCCCGCACGCCAUCCCCGCCUCUGACUCCCCCCACCCCCAAAGAGGAAGAGGUCGACGUCAAAAUGUCGCUUCCGACAAUCGAUUUCAUGUUGGGGAACGGGUACCACGGGGAAAACAAGGAAAGGCGGCGACCUACUGCGGUUACUGUAAAAGACUCCAUUCUACUGGUCAACGUCGUCUGCAACAGGAACACAAAGUCCCAAGGGUUCCUGUCCGGCGUAUUUGACCGACUCGAAGAGGCAGGAAUCAAGACGGAUCUCGUCACUACCAGUGAACGGAACGUCAGUCUAGCUUUCCAACAUUCAGAAGAAGGAUCAUGUCAACAUCAGAGGUUACAGGUUGAGCUCGAGAAGUUCGGCAAGGUCGUCAUCACCGAAAACAUGUCCAUCGUAACCAUCGUAGGUCACAAAAUGCGGAACAUGGUCGGUAUCUCGGCCGAGAUCAUGGCCGCCCUGGCCGCCGCCAAAAUAAACAUUUUCCUUGUCAGCCAGGGCGCAAGCGAAAUCAAUGUCUCUCUCGUUGUCAGAGCAGAAGACUCGGUUCUCGCAAUGAACAUGAUUCACAGCAAAGUACUCCAGAUUCCCACGCACUGGGAACAGGAGAACAACUUUAUCAAAGGUGCAGUCGGCGCUCGUCAUACAAGAGCCGACAAUGUCGAAUACCGACCGCUUACACCUCCCAGGUCCGUGGCUGUACUGAUGCGCCGACCUGGAAGAACGACCCGCGUGUUGCCGGGCGAGUCGGAGGAAGCUGCCUAUCAGUAUAUCGUGCGGCGGUGGUUGAAGAGGAAGAGGCACGUCAAAUUGGCGGGAGCUAGCGGUAGAGAAAGUAAUUAG